ACAUACUGGGUGAUAUUGUGAACAUGAAUCCUGGCAAUGUUGGUUUCGAGUUGCUAGUGCAUACUAUUCAAAAUUCGACAGAUUUUGGGCGUGAUCAAUGUUGGAACAUCCUACAGGAGCUCCCACUCACCCUUUCCAGCUUCGACCUUUGGACUCGGCUACUAAAAACCACCACGACAAUAUUUCGGUCACCAACUCAGAUACCAGGGACAACUCAAGGGCAAAUACAUGGGGCUCCAGCCAAUGAGCUAACCAUCUCUCACCUGGUGACACGAGCGGCUCUUGGGAGAUUUCUCCAACACUGUGUCACCAUAAUCGAGGGAAAGGAGGUUGAAGAGAUAGGGUUCAACGACGGGAGGAAUACUGAUCUGGAUCCAGCAGUGCUGAGACUGAGUAGCAGUAUCUACAAUGGGGCUACAGACGAUAGCCUGAAUGAAGAUGAAUGGUUUGGGGUCGAGACGGUGAUGCAAGGAUUUGCCUUGCGCUAUGUGAAGUUUGAAGGAGCCAGCGAAUUGUACAGGUCACUUGUCCAUACAAGGCCCAACGGACGCGGAAGAGGAGGCUAA